AUGUCAUUGAAUGGCAGGAAAAUGCACCAUUUCAUCUUUUCUCCCUUGCCGUUGUGGGGUAAUGUGCUUCAUCCAUCUUCAAACAUUGUCUUAUUGAGAUAUACAAUACUAGGACAUCUUAGAGCCCCGUCGAUUUUGGCUGCACGCCUCGUUAAGGAACACGAUAAUCUUAUCGUCUCCAUCAUAACCUCCCCAAGCUAUUUCAAAAAUGCAGAAGCCGAAAUAUUGUCAGAGUUUGGUGAAGUCCCGGAUACAACUCGUCGACGCGUUAGGCUAUUUUCCAUCUACAAGUCAGACACGGACAACGUUUUUACGCACAUAAGGUUACUUUUCCAAACAUAUUCUGUUGCCUAUCAAACUCUUUUGGAUGCAAAACCCAUCACAUGCGCUGCAACGGGUAUGAUUUUUGAGGCGGCACCUCGCCCCAGCGCCCUAUUUCUCGACGUAUACGCAUCUCCUUUGAUGCAAAUCACGCGUGCACUUUCAGGGACUACGGUCCCCGUCAUAGCGUUGUGUGCUAUACAUGUAUCCUUCAUUCUUCACCUUUAUGGUCCCCAGAGCAUGGGUGGCGAGGGAGAUCUGGCAUCCAGGAUCGAGGCAGAAGCAGCUAGACGUGGCCAGCCUGUCUCCUCUGAACUUGGUGAUGAAGUUUUUUACCAUACGGAGGGAAAAGUAACCAAGGUUCCAGGACUACCCCCAAUGUACGAUUGGGAAUACUUCCCACAGAAGCUCUCUCCCACACCGAAUGUGUCUGAUUUUCUGAAGUUAGCCUACCAAGGACUUGCUUCCUGCGAUGCGGCCUUUUCCUUCUCUGCUUACGAUUUGGAGAAGGAUUCUAUUGACGCAAUGAGAUCGUGGUUCUCGGAAGAAUGGAACAAGAAACUAUACACUGUUGGCCCGUUGUUUGCAUCGAAUCCGACCACUUAUGGGAUGGUAUCGGAUAGUAACAAUAGUUCGUCGGAUAUCGAAGCAUUUCUGGAUAAAUCAUUGAAGGAGAGAGGAAAGAACUCAUUGGUGUUGAUCUCAUUUGGAUCCCUUUUCUGGCCUAUCGUGCAAGAGUAUAUUGAGGAGGUGAUUGACGCUUUGAUUGAGAAAGGAUUCACUUUCAUCGUGUCAUACGCACCACAAUUCGCAAAAAUUUCGCAAGACCUGAUCGAUAAGGUCCAGGCAGCUGAGACUGGGUUGAUUUGUAAAUGGAUACCUCAAAAAUUUAUUCUAAACCAUCCUGCUACUGGUUGGUUUGUCACUCAUGCAGGUCAGAGUGGUGUUAUGGAAGCCCUUGACAGCGGAACCCCAAUGAUUUGCUGGCCAUUCGAGUUCGACCAGCCAUGUGCAUCGGCACACCUUUCGGAAAACCUGAAUGUCGCUUUCGACCUCAUUCAAAUCCGGACAGGAGAAAAAGGCAUGAAACCCCUGUACAGAAACGGUCUAAAGGCUGAGGGCACCCGUGAAGCUGUUGGUAUCGAAAUCCGAAAGAUUCUGGAUGAAUGUCGAGGUCCCAGAGGGGAAGAACUACGAAGAAAUGCCCAAGCGAUAAAAACCAGAUUCGCCGAUUGUUGGAAGGUCGAUGGAGUCAGCCGAAAGGAUUUCAACUCAUUCCUGGAGAAAUAUAAGAUUGACUUAUCGUAG